UCAGGCACAGGGCAGCCAGUGCACUUGAGAAAGCCCGUCGAAGGCUGUCUCGGCGUGUAUGUUCUGAACGAUUCGCAACAUGUUAAUGAGUUUUCGUCUGCUCCCAACGAAAAAUUCACGUGGUGUAUUCAGUAUACGAAAGAAAAACACUAGUGCGAGACAUUUACCCUCUUGAUCGAGUCUUUCACCUAGUACCAAUUGUGCAAUAAGCAAGCUGAGGAACGAUGCCAGGCAAAGGGGGCAGAAGAGGAAAGUGCGGUGGAAAAAGAGCUGAGUGUACAUCCGACGAGGACUCGGUUAACAAUGAUGCGUGUAGCGAGACCAGCGGCCAAUCCGACAACCGUAGCAUGCUGGAGGACGCGAACGACAACGAGGUGGACGAGCUGGCGCAGCAGGAGGCGUUCGAGGAGAAGCUGAAGGAAGCGAUUGACGGGCUAACGCAGAAGAGCGCCAAGGGAAGGGUCAUCUGCUUCAACGGCAUAGAGAAGAUCCUCGCCAUCAAAUACAUCCCAGACUUCGUCGAGGAUAGAAAGAUUACCAUCACGGAUGCCGUGGAGCGUAGCUUGAAGAAGGGACGAGGCGACGAGCAGUCUACCGCAGCCAGGCUGAGCACUCUGCUCUGCGUUCAGCUGGGGGCGUUUGAGAGCGCCGAGAUGGUCUGCAGGGACCUCAAGUCGACCCUCACCUUCAUCGCCAACGAUAACACCGCACCUGUCCACGCUCGCGCCGAAUGUUGCUGGGCGUUAGCCAUGAAUCAGUUCUUGUCUGGCAACGAUGCGACUGAUACCAUGGAAAUCAUGCAGUUACUGUCGUCCAUCUUCUCCGGGUCCUACUUGAAAGGCAAUGGCGCGAUCGCAAACAUAUCCACGGACGUGGCGGCGUUACAUGCGGCGGCCAUCUCAUCCUGGACUCUACUUCUGACGGUCAUCACCUCCGCGGACAUCUACAAUUUGCUGGCGAGUGGCAGAACCAACAGUUACAUGCCCUCUCUCAAUCGAUUGCGCGAAUUGCUGGAAUCGCCACACCUCGACGUACGCCUGUCAGCUGGUGAGGCACUCGCCGUGAUAUUCGAACUCGGCCGUGACUUUUCCACCGACUACGAGCAAGACUGGGCGCUUGACCUUGUUGAAAUUCUCAAGGAACUCGCCACGGAUUCCAACAAGUAUCGAGCUAAGAAAGAUCGCAAGCAGCAGCGCGCUAAUUUUAGAGAUAUUCUGCGUUACAUCGAAGAAGACAUCGUUCCGGAGAUGCAUGUGAGAUUCGGCAAAGAGAUCUUGUAUUUAGAGGGGUGGUGCACGAGGACUCAGUACAACGCCUGCUGCCGGCUGUUAGGCCCUGGUAUCAAUAUCCAUCUUGCUGAAAACCAACUCCUGCGCGAGAUUUUCCAUCUUGGCAACAAAGUUCUACCUCCAUUAGUAACGGUGAAAACGAGUAAAUUAGAAAGAACGUUGAUGAACGCGGCUGCGUUCAAGGCACGCACCAUUCAGCGCAACAAGAGCCGCGAUAAGCGAUCCCCAGCCAUGGCACAGUAAUCACACUUCUGCUCCUACGCUGGCUGCCUGAUGUUACUUUAGUGUAAUGCAAGUAUAUUUAAAUUCUUGCUCCUCGUUAAUUUAUUGUAACUACAUUUAAUAGCGCAAAUUAGCAUUUUUUUUGGAUGUCAAAAUUGCCAGUCGAAUCGAAAUUGUACAGAUAUAUAUUCCAUGCAUGUACGUCUUCUAUCCGAUAAAAAAUUCUGUACGCGAUUCUAUCUGUCGCCGCUUUUUAGCAGCUUCACCUUUACUUAAUAGUAUUUAAUCCACAUGUGUAUAUACAAGUCUAAAUAUAUGUAUAUACAAUGGUAAUACUGUUAAUAUAUAUAUUUUUAUUUUACAUAAAUUAUUUCUCAGUAAAUGUAUUGACUCAAA